UUAGCGUCUCUUCGUGCGCGUCGUGUCGUUUUUACAUGCCCUGCAUUUAUUUUGCACAAUAAGUGCUAUUUCUUUAAUAAAAUGUUUUACCCUGUAGAUUCUUUGAAACGAGGAGGCCGAUUUUAUUUGUGCUGGGUCGCAGAUUCAUGGCCAUUGCGAUUUGCAACUAUUACUCACCGGCAACUUUGGUCUCAGGAUAUUCGAAAAAUAUGUGACGAUUUACUAGAAGUUAUCACGAACGAGUCGGGUCGACCCGCCAAAAGAUUCUCUCUUCGCCUGAGUUCACAACUUCUUCGUGGUUUAGUCAGACUUUAUCAAAGGAAAGUUACAGUUUUGUUAGGUGAAAUAUGCAUGAUCAACGCCAAUGUAAUAAAACAGUCGAACAAAAGAUGGAAUAUCCAGGAGGUAGAGAUAGUAGAACAAGUGAGGCGUCCACUUCAGCAGCUUGACAUACAAGAGAUUAUUCAAGAACAACCUGAAAAUGAACAGAGGAUUGAGGAAAUGAUACAGACAAGUGGCAAUGUAGUGUCACAUAUUGAUGAAAUAACUUUGAAAGAGUCAACUAUACCUGAAAUGAUAAUGCCACUAAAUGACGGAUUCGGCGAAGAGCAUCCGGAUUUAGCGCUACAAAUGCUUCAGGACCGCACUAUAGAGAUGAUGCUGGUCCAACCAGACGUGUCGACGGCACACAGCGGGUUGGACGUCGCACUCGAUAUCACGGACAAGUCUCACGACAAAUCCCGUCUCAUGGUCCACGAGCCGGCACAAAUGGAGAGGAUUUCAGAACAUGAUCUUACGUUGUUCAGAAAAUCUACUGGAAUGGAAUUAAUGCCUGAAUUUGAGAAAGACAUUCCUGAAAUACCCGAAAUCCCGCCUCCCGAAUUGCCUGUUCCUGAACAAGAGAAGCAUCCGGAUAAGUCUGUUGCGCCCGAGGUACCCAGUCCUACAGAAGUUGAACAGCGAGUGCCAGUGAGGCAGCCGCCUGCGGAAAUUGAAUUGGAGGAACUGGAAGAACUUGAGCCACAACCAAAAAGGCGUAGGCUCAGAAAUAGACUAAUCAUCGAUAAAACGAUCAAGAUCAGCACGAAUCAAUUUCGCGCUAGGAUUGAAAAUCAGUUCGUAGAAUUACGUUGCGAGGAUAGCUCAGACGACAUCAUUUUCAUACGAGUUUCUCCAGAGACGUAUUUUCGGCGUCCAUGCCACGGCGGUGAAAGGAUUCACAAUAACUUGGGAUUUACUAUAUCACGACUGUUCUCGAGGAAUCUUGGCGUUAUUUCUGCACCACCCUUAGAGGAUAGAGAAAUGGAGCAAUCUACAGAGGCUAUCAGGCGUCAGUCCCAUCGUACUUUCCAAAGAUCUAUGCUUGAGAGAAUUGAUGAAGUGGCAGAAGUGCCUAUUGUGCAAGACAGGCCAGAGAUGCAACUGGAAGUACCAGUCCCAGACGUGAAUGUUACGAAUGAAAUGUUAAACGUGUCCGAACCGCCCCGCGUCAGUGCUCUCGUAGAGCUGGAUAUUGAAGAUAUACCCACUCAGAAAAUAAUGACUUUGUCACAAGCACGCAAGCGGACAGCAGAACAUGAAAUUACUGAAACGCCGAAAAGACUGCGUUCAGUGGGUUAUCGCUCAAGUCAGCAGGCGAAAGAGAUUGUACAAACGGAUAAAGACGCCGAUAAGGAAAAUAUACCAGCAAACAUACAACCGCCGCCGCAAGAUGAAGAGUUGAUACUUUCUGCUAAGUUACACCAAGCUGGUUUAGCCGAUAUACAACAGCCUUUAGUUCCCGAGGUGGAAGUACACUCACAAACUCAGCGGGCCGCCACCACGUCUCGCGGCAGGCGAACUGGGAGCGAAAGUUCUGAAACUCCAUUAGGCAGUCUGGAUAGAACGAAAGUUUCCCUUGGAGAUUCUGAACAUACCACUGAUUCUAGGAGAUUUAUACGGGAUCAGUGGGGCACUGAAGGCACUAUGCUGAAAGUCAUGAAACACAUACAAAUCGGUCUACAGCCAGUGACUGUGGCAAGUCUUCUUGCUAAAGGACCAGUCAUUUCUGGGUACAAAGGCGUAAUAGCCGCUCGGUGCUUCACUUCUCUACUUAAGUUGAAGCAGCAUGGCUUUAUCAAUGUGAAGAAAAAUCCUGAUUCACUGGAAAUAAUAGAUAUUACUCCAGGACCAAAGAUAACUGAAUAACUAGUUCUUAAAUAACUUGAAGUUGUAGUUGUUGAUUAAUAUUAUUACUUU